GAGGACUUCAGACCGGAUCAUGGCGGCGCCGCUCGGGCGGGACGCCCUACCUGAACACUGGUCGUACGGCGUGUGCGGAGACGGCAGGGUCUUCUUCAUCAACGAUGAGGCGCAGACCACCACCUGGCUCCAUCCGCGCUCCGGUGAAGCGGUUAACUCCGGACACAUGAUCCGCUCAGACCUACUGCGUGGGUGGGAGGAAGGUUUCACGAACGACGGGGCCAGUUACUUCAUAAAUCACAACCAGAGGACCACGGCGUUUCUCCAUCCUACCAGCGGGCAGAUCUCUGCAGAGAACAUGGAUUUCAUCCUGCAAGAACAGCCGCAGGAUCCGUCCAUGCUAUCCAGACCCGCCGGUGAGCAGCUCUCCAGCACAACCAUCAGCGACACCUCCACUGCCAUCAGCUCCUCCACGAUGGACGCCAAGGGCUCCAGGGCCUCUGGACGGGUGCACAGCUUUGGGAAGAGAGAGCAGGCCAUCAAGAGGAACCCCAACGUUCCCGUGGUGGUGAGAGGAUGGCUGUACAAACAGGACAGCUCUGGGAUGCGCCUGUGGAAGAGGAAGUGGUUCGUCUUGGCGGAUUUCUGCCUGUUCUACUACAAAGACAGCAGAGAGGAAGCGGUCCUCGGCAGUAUUCCUCUGCCCAGCUAUGUCAUUUCACCCGUGGGACCCGAGGACCACAUCAGCCGCAAGUAUGCCUUCAAGGCCGAACACACCGGCAUGCGCUCGCACAUUUACAAGCAGAGCUCUGUGAUUGGCUCGCAGGCGGAGCACACGGGGAUGCGCACGUACCUGUUCAGCGCCGACACGCAGGAGGACAUGAACACCUGGCUGAGGGCCAUGAACCAGGCCACGCUGAUGCAGGGCCACGCACAGCGCGCCAGACCUUCCGACCAGUUCGAGCCGUUCAUCCCGUCGCAGCACCAGCGCGCCGUCCCGCAGGCGAACCACGUGAGCCGCCACCAGCCCCCCGAGCCGGCGAGGCCCGGCGGCGUCCACGAGGUUCUCCUGGAGCCCGCCGACGAGUGCUGCAGCUUCCACAGGGAAUCCGCCGCCGGCGCCGCCCUGGAAAUGGACACGCGCGCGUCGCUGCCCUCCAACCUCGCCGCGGCGCCCUCCGCCCUGCCGCAGUUGGACCGCCCGUCGGCCUCGGCGCCCGUGUCCAGGGCGCCGUCGCGAGCCGCCUCCGCGCUGCCCGCCGGCGCCUGCGCGAGGAACGGCCUGGUGUCCACGCCCAGCCCCAUCCUGGAGCCCAACGGGAUCGCGGCGGGCACGUACCAGAGGGCGGCGACCACGGUGACCACGCCCCCCGCCAACCGGCACCAGCAGGUGCGGAGGAGGAGCACCCUGGAGGAGGUGGAGCAGUGGGUCAAGGUGCAGAAGGCGGAGCACAAAGGGUGGCCCCCGUCCAGAGAGAACACGCUCCCUCGCCGGACCCCCCCCACGCAGCACAAGUUCAGCUCCAUCGAUGCGUACCAGACGCUGCCGAAGACGCCGCGCCACAGCCCCACGCCGGCCCGACUGGGCGAGUACAAGUACGCCCAGGACCGCCUCAGCCACUUCCGCCUGGCGCCCGACCCGGGGCCCAACACCACGUGGCAGCUGUACGAGUGGCAGCAGCGCCACCAGUACCGCCACGGCAGCCCCACGGCGCCGCUCUACACUCCGGCCCCGGACUACCCGUUCGGGCCCCGCCCCCCGACGUCCUCCGCGGCGGGGGCGGCGCACAGGUCCGAGGGGGCGGGGCCGCCGCGCUGCGUGUCGGUGCCGCCGUCGCCGGCCGCCGUCCCUCCGAGCCUGUCGCCCGCGAGGAGGCCGCACACGCCGGCCGAGCGGCUGACGGUGCGGCCCGCCGGCGAGAGGUCGGCGCUGGACGGGCCCUUCGCCGCGUCGCCGCGCCGCGCCCAGUCCCAGAUGCUCAAGACCGCGACCAUCGACCGGCGGUCGAUGCCUCCGUCCGGCUACAUCACGCACACGGUCAGCGCCCCCAGCCUUCAUGGCAAAACGCCCGAGGAGCUCACCCUGCUCCUCAUCCAGCUGCGCCGGCAUCAGGCCAAGAUGGGCGCCGCGCGCCACCACGCCCUCUCCCGGCUGCAGCAGCAGCGGCUCAACGGGCCCAAAGAGGCGGAGCAGCAACACUUCCUCACCACCAGCACCGCCACCACCAGCACCACCAGCACCGCCACGACCACCAGCCCCCUCCUAAGCUCCGCCCCCUCUCCCGUGUCCCGCCUCUUGGCUCCCCUGGGCUCUUGCAACACGCAGAUUGACGACACCUACCUGCUGCUGAAGCAGGACCUGGAGUACCUGGACCUGAAGGUGACAGGAAGUCAGACGCUGAAGGAGUCGGGGAAACCCGUCAAGGUGGCGGAGAGCGACGUGGACGUGAAGCUCAGCCGGCUGUGUGAACAGGACAAGAUCCUCAAGGACCUGGAGGCGAGCAUCAGCUCCCUGAAGGAGGACAAGGACAAGCUGGAGAGUGUACUGGCCGUGUCCCACCACCAGAUGGAGCAGUACCAGGAGCAGCCGGCCCACGCCCACAAGAUCGCCUACCAGCAGAGGCUGCUGCAGGAGGACCUGGUGGCCAUCCGGGCCCAGAUAUCACGCCGCUCCACGGAGAUGGCUCGCGCCUGGGAGGAGUACGGCGUGCUGGAGAGCUCCGUGGAGCAGCUGAGGACGGCGCUGCAGGCGCACAUGAACCACAGCGCCACCCCUCAGCAAGAGAAAGCUGAGAUGAAGCGUGAGCUGUGGAGGAUCGAGGACGUGAUGGGGGGGCUGAGUGCCAGCAAAGCCAACUACAAGAUCACCGUGGACUCGGUCCAGAACCCAGAGAGGAAACUAGUGCCUUCGCUGUCGGAGGUCCGGCCGCCGCCUCGCAGCUUCCUGUCCCAAACGCUGCCUCUCAGUACCGUGCCAAAGUGGGCGGAGGACAGCGCCCCCCCCAGGCCGCCGCUGCCCUGCCUCUACGACUACGAGGACGUGCCGCCCGCUGUGCCGCCCCUCCCCAAGGAGGCCUCGGUCAUCCGGCACACGUCGGUGCGCGGGCUCAAGCGCCAAUCGGACGAGAGGAAGCGGGACAGGGAGGGGGGGCAGUACGUUGCCAAUGGAGACUGUAAGGCGGACUUGCGGUCGUACGUGAGUGAACCGGAGCUGCCGGGUCUGAGCCACCAGAGCGCCGCGUCUGAGGUGGACUACCAGUAUUUCCAGAGCAAAGCAGGUCUGUCCGGCGGCUCCUUCCGACCCAACCAGUCCAACUCCAUCGCGUCCUACGUCACCCUGAGGAGAGGCCCGGGCAGCGCCGCAGCCAAGGAGAGACCCAAGAGUGCCUUGGAGCGCCUGUCGUCGCCCCCGGAGACCCCGGCGUUCCCGAGCGGCCCGCCGCCGCGGGGCCGGAUGACCGUGGAGGAGCAGCUGGAGCGCAUGAAGCGCCACCAGAGGGCGCUGGUCCGCGAGCGCAAGAGGAACCUGAGCCAGGGCGAGCGCUCCUCCUGCGUGGGCCUCUCCGCCUCCUCCUCCCGGCUGCCCUCCUCCUCCAACGACCCGCCGGCCUCCAUGUUUGAUUGGCAGGAGGAGCGACUCGCCGCCGAGGGCCAGAGCGACGAGGGGUGGAGCCAAGCGAAGGAGAGAGGGAGCAUCCGGUCGGCCGAGUGGACGACGGCUCCACCGGCGGCCGGGUGCGUACGAGAGCUGGACCUCGAGCCUCUGGACUUCGACCUGGACAUCAGCCGAGAGCUGUCCCGCCCCCGUAAGGUCCCGAUCCCGGAGCGCUACGUGGAGUCGGACCCCGAGGAGCCGCCGAGCCGGGAGGAGCUGGAGGAGCGGGGCCGCCGGGCCGAGCGCAUCCGGAACCUCUUGGCCAAGUCCAGUUUCCGGAACGCGCAGCCGGCGGCGGGGCUGGACUUCAGCGAGCUGGACUCAGCCCUCCGGCAGCAGGAGAGGAUCAUGAAGGCCUCGCGGGCCCUCGCCUCCGAGGCCUCGCGCAAGAGCAGGCUGGUCGCAGCCAAAGCUACCGCACAGCGCUGACCCACAACAGAAGGAAGAGCACCUCCUCCCCCUCCCCCCCCCCCCUCCUCCUCCUCCUGGUUCACUUGUGACUAAUCCACUUAUGAGUGAGCACAAGACACAUUUCUAAAGUUUUGAUCCUUGUUUUUUAAUAGAAUCAUUUUGUUGCUAACGCACAUUAAGCAAUAAUAAUAAUUUAUAACACGAGUGAAAUGCUUUUUAUUUUUUAAUGAUCUGUUUUGUAGUUUUUGACGAGUGAACAGAAGCCAACACCAACAACAGAAGGAACGUUUUCACGUGACUCAUAUUUAUUAUUACCCUGUUUGGCUAAACGUUGUUUUUCAUCUCUAAACACGUCACCUACCAAUCAACUGCACAUAUAUUAUGAUAUAAUAUGAAUUAAACAAGUUGAUUACCUGGU